UUUUUUCUUCUUCAACCCUUUCUGAUGAAGCUUCUUCUCGUCGUUCUUGUCGCGCUGCUCGGCUGCGCAGCAAUCCCAACAGCGUUCGGCGCCUACUGCAAUGGCAAGCCGAAUCCUGACGCCCAGCCAAACACGCUGCCCAUCACCACGAGCGCACCCGUGCUUGUCCGCUCAAUCACAAACGCCAAGCUCUUCAUUGCCGGCCAGGGCGACGACCAGUUCAACAUUCUCCACGUCUGGGGCUCUCCGUACGAGAUGGGCUAUGCUCAUGGCUCGAUUCUCAAGGAAGAGGCAAGCGAGUUUGUCCUCGCUGUUUGGGCGUACCUCGUUGGUCAGGCUGAUUCCGCCAUCAAUGGCACCGCUCACAACCUGCGCCCAUGGAUGGUCGAUCUCAUUGCCAACUUUGGCCUGGACGCGGCUCUCGACCUGACGUUCGAUGCCACCAACCCUUACACUGGCUCGUACUUUUUGGACGAGAUGCACGGCCUCGCCGAUGCCACCGGCUUGGACUACAAGAUGAUUCGUCGCGUUCACAUGAUUGGCGAGCUGACCAAGGGCGGCUGCUCCAUGUAUGGCGCCUGGGGCAAGGCCACUGCGUCGACAGGGAAGCUCUUCCAAAUGCGCGCCCUCGAUUGGGAUGUUGACGGCCCGUUCAAGGAUUACCCUCAAAUUACCGUUUACCACCCCUCCAACUCGGACAAUGGCCACGCAUUUGCCAACAUUGGCUGGACUGGCUGGCUUGGCUCUAUUACUGGCUUCUCGUCCGUUCAGACGGCCAUUUCCGAGAUUGGUGCCACCUACUCUGAUGCAUCCUUUGGAUCCGACUCUCGCUUUGGUGUUCCAUUCACUUUCUUGCUCCGUGACAUCCUUCAGUUUGACCAGACGAUUGAUGACGCGCUCAACCGCAUCACCAACGCUCAUCGCACCUGCUCCUUGAUUCUCGGUGUCGGCGAUGGCAAGCUCAACGAGUUCCGCUCCGUCCAGUACUCGUAUUCGGUUGCCAACAUCUUUGACGACCAAAACAUGCAGCCGUACAACGAGACCUGGCAUCCGCGCAUCGAAAACAUUGUCUACUACGGCAUGGACUGGCUCUGCCCGAACUAUGACAUUGUUCUCGCUCGUCAGCUGACCAAGCACUACGGCAACAUUACGGCCGAGGUCACCAUCAACGACAUUUUGCCGAUCGUCCAGACGGGCGAUCUCCACAUUGCCGUCUACGACCUGACGGAGCAGCUGGUGCACGUUGCCGUUGCCAAGCGAUCGACUGGCACCGGUGCCCCGCUUGCUUACAACCGUGCGUUCACUCGCUUGAGCAUGACGGCGCUGUUCCAGGAGCCUGCACCGACCGCUGCGGAGCACCUUUGAGGCGUUUUUUCAGUGUUUUGUCUUGCUCGCCCAGCAACCGCGGCGUCUGUUAUCACUCAACAACAGAUCAUGUUUACUUUUCGAUUUCCAAGCUAAAUGAGUUCCUUUUUGUUUUGGCGGUCGAGCGUUUCACUGGGCGACUAGGAAGUGUCGCUUCUGCAUGAAAUUCCUUUUGUUUCGACGAUCGAGC